AUGACUAGGUUAAUGGAGAGUUCGGUCCUGUCCGUGGGAAACAACGGCACGCAGUCCGUCUGCUUGGAUCAGACGUUGACGUCGUGCACGUGGCGCCGUCACAGCAGCGGCGGCGACGUCUUCGUGCCUGGGUCAGUCUACAAGUUACAGGUGAUCGUUGUCUACAACUGGACGACGUCUUUCAGUUCGAAGGUGGCUGAAGCGAUUUCAGAGGAAUUCGUCAUCGACUCGCGUUACUAUGUGGAACCAGCGCCACCUACUGGUAUUGUGAUCAAUGCAUCAACAAGCACUUGCGUGUCUGUACACUGGCAGGACUCGACACCUCACAGGAAAAACAAAAUAUUUAGACUGGAAUUUCGAUCAGAAUGGGACACAGACACGAAAUGGAGGACAUGCUGCAACUCAGAGGAAUCCAACAUGAAGAAGUACAGUGCCCGUGUUUGCGGUUUGGUCCCUGGAACAGUGUAUACUUUUAGAGUAUCUUCUAAACCUGUACCUCAAGGGUUUUGGAGCGACUGGACAAUGGUCAAUGCAACCACAGUUGGUGAUGUGCCAGCACCCCCACCGGAAGUAACCAGAGGAGCGUUUAUAGAAGAGAACUGUGAUUUGUACGAUGACUGUAGAAACGUCACUAUUUUCUUUAAGCCCGUGCAUGACAAGGACAAGCAUGGGAAACUCCUGGAAUAUCGUCUGCUAAUCCACUGGAAUGGACACACAUCACGAGCUGUUAGCAAUAUCACCAUGAUAACGAUACCUCUGUCCAGGAAGAUGGAUUAUCGUGUCCAGCUAUAUUCAGGAAACGAAUUUGGACAGUCUGCUGACUUCUCAUCUUUGUCUAUUCCUAGUGUGCAAAAAAAGCCACCAUUCCCAGAGUCAUUCCUGGUAGAAGCAGAACCAUUAGAAGCGCCAUCAAGUGUUACCAGAUAUCUUCUGUCAUGGACUCCAGCCUCAAACAACAUGUGGCCUACUGUUGGGUACACUGUAUAUUGGUGUCAACAGCUGGUAUAUGGAACUGGAUGCAAGAAUCCUUUGAACUGGAUAAGCGUCCCGACAAAUCGCUCAAACCUCCAAAUGGAAUUUCAAGAUUCCGCUCAUCGUGGUAAAUUAGACACAUACCAGUUUGGUAUUUCCCGAGAAGUAAACGUGAAGAACGAAAUCGUCAGUAGCGGGAUAUCGUGGAGUGACUGUACCUACCAGUAUUACAAGCAUGCAAAACUCCCAGAUCCUCCCGAAAAGUUCAAGAUGUCGCCCUUUCAAGAAGGCGGUAGUCUUGGUGUCACGUGGGAUAAACCGUCAUGUCGCAGAUCGCAACCCUAUAUCACACACUAUGUCAUCAGUUUCUGCGAAACAGCAGCAAACAAGAUAUGUUCAGAUCCUCACGGAACUACCAACGUGACAGUGCCCAACACUGCUACCAGUUACGUCAUUGGCGGUCUAAAGGGUGACGUCACCUACAAAGUGACCAUCCGAGCUGCAUCACGAGCAGGUGCGAGCCCAUUUACUGUCGCAGUGGUGGGAUCUGUGAAAUAUCCAGGUUUAAGACCCGAGCUAAUUGCUGGAAUAGCAGGUGGCGCAUUACUAAUUACCGCGCUGAUGGUAUGGUGCGUGUGCAGGGUAUACCGCAAUGUAAAGAAGAAGUUGAACAUACCGCCGGCAUCAUAUCCAACAAACACUUUUCAUAUUCGGAACUACGUGAGCACCCAUUCCGACUCCAUCGUCCCUGAAACAAGUAUAAAUAAGACUAAGCAGGAAGAAACGUACGCACUAAUUACAACAACCAAAGACGAAAAAAACACAAAAGACUCGGGUAAAGGAGAGAGUUAUGAAUCAGAGGAGUUGAUACCCGUGGAUGACCGCGCAAACAGUCCGUCUGUCGAAGACACGUCAGAUGGACACAUAGACAGCUAUGCCAAAUUUGCGGAGGACCAAACAGAAAGGGAAUCACCACCACGUGACCACGUUAUGAACACCUGUGAGAAUAAUGGUGUCACAGACAACCAUGUAGCGCAUCCAUCAUUACAACAUAAUACUUCUUUUGUGGUCGGCUUCGCGCUGUCGCCCAUUCCAGCUGGUAACGCAGACCAGAACAAAGCGAGGGGCACGCAGAUACCCAGUCGUUUUGAAAACAGAUCCAGUCCUGUGCAAAAUGAAUCGAGUCCUACACAAUAUAGAUCGUGUCCUUCACACAAUGGGUCGAGUCCAAUACAGAACGAAAUGAGUUCUGUACCAGACAGAUCCAAUCAUAUACAGCACGGAUCCAGUCCUAUACAGCAAGAAUCCGGUCCUGUACAGCACGGAUCCGGUCCUAUUCAUCACGGAUCCGGUCCUAUACAGAUUGGAUCCAGUCUUGUACAGCACGGGUCCAGUCCUAUACAGCACGGAUCCAGUCCUAUACAAAAUUCUGGCAGUGUAGAUGGUAAUGGCAGUGUAGAUAUACCAGACAUAUAUGUAGCACAUAAUUCAGUUCCGCAGCAUAUCUCUUCAGUUUUACACGAUGAAUAUGUUUAAAAACUUAAAGCUUUUACAAAUAACAGAUACCAUUGGACCAAGUGAAUCGUGGUCCUUUACUUUAAUAUAUAUAUUUUAAAAUAGUCAUCAACAUUAUCAUAGUCGUCAACAUCAUUAUCAUUAUCAUCGUUGUCAUCAUCAUCAUCAUCAUCAUCAUCAUCAUCAUCAACAACAACAUUUUCCUUUUCAGUAUUACAUUUUAGUGGACAAUGUUCUGUCUUCUGAUCUUGUUAUCACUGGGUCGAAAUUUGAACCGUCCGAGAUCCAUAAAAUAUAGUUUUAUAUAUAGACUAUUUGUCAUCAUUUUGAAAACUUAUUCAUUCUUAAAACCAGGCCCGUAAGAUACUGUGUGUGUGUGUGUGUGUGUGUGUGUGUGUGUGUGUGUGUGUGUGUGUUUUUAUUGUGUUGUCCUACUUUAUAUAAAUGAAGACGAAACAUUUGGCUUGUGGUGAACCCCACCAGAUUGUUCUACCUGCCUGAAAACACAUUUUAAUCCCACCUUUAUCAAAGGUGUAGUAUUUAUUUAUGGUGCAUGGUUGUUAAGAGGUGAUACAUUAAUUAUUCGUCUCAUGACUUUUGUUUGUUUAUUUAUUUAGUUAUGCCAUCAUUUGAAGAUUUAAGUUUUGGCUUUUCUUGUUCAGAAGCACGAAUAGUCUCAGAAAGGAAACCGCUACAUGUUUCCAUUAGUAACACGGGAUCUUUUAUAUGCACCAUCCCACAGUCAAGAUAGCACAUACCACGGCCUUUGAUAUACCAGUCGUGGUCCACCAUUAUAACAUAAUACUUCUUUUGUGGUCGGCUUCGCGUUGUCGCCCAUUCCAGCUGGUAACGCAGACCAGAACAGAGCGAGGGGCACGCAGAUACCCAGUCGUUUUGAAAACAGAUCCAGUCCUGUGCAAAAUGAAUCGAGUCCUACACAAUAUAGAUCGUGUCCUUCACACAAUGGGUCGAGUCCAAUACAGAACGAAAUGAGUUCUGUACCAGACAGAUCCAAUCAUAUACAGCACGGAUCCAGUCCUAUACAGCAAGGAUCCGGUCCUAUACAGCAAGAAUCCGGUCCUAUACAGCACUGAUCCGGUCCUGUACAGCAAGGAACCGGUCCUGUACAGCACGGAUCCGGUCCUAUACAGCAAGGAUCCGGUCCUGUACAGCAAGAAUCCGGUCCUAUACAGCACGGAUCCGGUCCUGUACAGCAAGGAUCCGGUCCUGUAGAGCACGGAUCCGGUCCUAUACAGCAAGGAUCCGGUCCUGUACAGCAAGAAUCCGGUCCUAUACAGCACGGAUCCGGUCCUGUACAGAAAAGAUCCGGUCCUGUACAGCACGGAUCCGGUCCUGUACAACAAGGAUCCGGUCCUGUACAGCAAGGAUCCGGUCCUGUACAGCAAGGGGUCUAGUCCUGUACAGCAAGAAUCCGGUCCUAUACAGCACGGAUCCGGUCCUGUACAGAAAAGAUCCGGUCCUGUACAGCACGGAUCCGGUCCUGUACAACAAAGAUCCGGUCCUGUACAGCAAGGAUCCGGUCCUGUACAGCAAGGAUCCGGUCCUGUACAGCAAGGGGUCCGGUCCUGUACAGCAAGGGGUCCAGUCCUGUACAGCACGGGUCCAGUCCUGUACAGCACGGAUCCAGUCCUAUACGGCACGGAUCCAGUCCUAUACAAAAUUCUGGCAGUGUAGAUGGUAAUGGCAGUGUAGAUAUACCAGACAUAUAUGUAGCACAUAAUUCAGUUCCGCAGCAUAUCUCUUCAGUUUUACACGAAGAAUAUGUUUAAAAACUUAAAGCUUUUACAAAUAACAGAUAACAUUGGACCAAGUGAAUCGUGGUCCUUUACUUUAAUAUAUAUAUAUUUUAAAAUAGUCAUCACCAUCAUCAUAGUCGUGAACAUCAUUAUCAUUAUCAUCGUUGUCAUCAUCAUCAUCAUCAUCAUCAUCAUCAACAACAUUUUCCUUUUCAGUAUUACAUUUUAGUGGACAAUGUUCCGUCUUCGGAUCUUGUUAUCACUGGGUCGAAAUUUGAACCGUCCGAGAUCCAUAAAAUAUAGUUUUAUAUAUAGACUCUAUUUGUCAUCAUUUUGAAGCCUUAUUCAUUCUUAAAACCAGGCCAGUAAGACACUGGGUGUGUAUUUUUUUGUCCUACUUUAUAUAAAUGAAGACGAAAAAUUUGGCUUGUGGUGAACCCCACUAGAGAUAGUGCUACCCUCUUCAGAUAUUGUUCCUAUGGGCCUGAAAACACAUUUUAAUCCCACCUUUAUUAAAGGUGUAGUAUUUAUUUAUGGUGCAUGGUUGUUAAGAGGUGAUAAAUUAAUUAUUCGUC